AUGGGCUGCUGCACCAGCCGCUGCACGCUCAUCUUCCUCUGCGCUUUCCAGCUGGUCACAGCUCUGGAGAGGCAGGUGAUCGACUUCCUCGGCUACCAGUGGGCGCCCAUCCUGGCCAACUUCCUCCACAUUGUCCUUGUCAUCCUGGGGCUCUUUGGCACUGUCCAGUACCGGCCGCGCUAUGUCGUCACGUACGCCGUGUGGGCACCUAUCUGGGUCACCUGGAAUGUCUUCAUCAUCUGCUUCUACCUGGAAGUGGGGGGCCUCUCAAAGGACAGUGAGCUCUUGACCUUCCACUUCUCCCAGCACCGCUCCUGGUGGCGUGAGCAUGGGCUGGGCUGUGUGCAUGAGGAGGCGCUGGCCACCAGCCUUAGGCCCCUGGAUGGCCAGGCCCUGGUGUCGGGCAGUGGCUGCACCCUGGAGUACCACUAUGUGGAGGCCUUGCACAGUGUCCUUCAGGCUCUGGUGGCGCUUGUGGGGUUUGUCUACGCCUGCUAUGUGGUCAGCGCGCUCACGGAGGAAAAGGACAGCUUUGAUUUCAUUGGUGGAUUUGAUCCAUUUCCUCUCUACCAUGUCAAUGAAAAACUUUCCCACCUCUUGUUCAAGCAGGCGUAGUUGCAAGUACGGUCAGCGGGGCUCCUCCACGGCAGGGCCUGCCCAGUGGGGUUACUUACAGCCACCAGGCUCCCCUCCUGGGGAGCCUCAACCAGGCAUUGUCCUCCAUCUGUCCAUCCAUCCAUCUACCCAGCCACCCUUUUCACUUUCA